GAAAAUAGAUCAGAAAACUUUGGAUGGAAAUGUCGUUCAAAUUUGGGAUUCCAUCGCUCUUGCAGGUUAUACACUUAAAAUUUCAAGACCUCAUAUUUCGGCAUGUUGUAGUAGAAAGCGAAAUAUUGCUGGUGGUUGGCGUUGGAUGUAUUAUGAGGAUUAUAUAGAACAAGACCCUAAUGAAGAAUGGAAAGAAAUAGAGGAUAUCUCAGAGUUGAUAAAUAUCGUAUUCAUCGUGCAUCCAAUCUCGAAUGGUGUACCCCGAAAGAAAACUCUCAGCAUGCUGUACACCUCGGCCUUUGGGGCAACUGUCGUCGACGUGCUGUCAAACAGAUUUUCGAUAAUGGCUCUACUCAAGAAUUUUCAUCCGUAUCUGAAGCACAACGUAUAA